UGUUGUGCGGCUGCUUAUGGUCGGCUUAGUGAGACCGUACACAAUUAUCGCGACUCAGGCCCAUUAAUUCUGGCUAGUGUACACAAAGUGCUGCGUUUGUAUGGUCCAGACCGGGUUGUACUACAAGAAAGACUUACGUGACAUCUUCAUCCUUCGUCCAUUUCUAAAUAAUAGUAUGACGGGCAUGUUUGAAGAAGGCUGAACAGCUGCUGUGGUUUCCAAAAUCACCAGGAUGUCCAAACGCAAGUUUGCAGAGUUACAGAACGAGGGUAGUCCCAGCCACUCUGACUUUGAUGAGAGCAGUAACUGUAGUUCUGUCAUGACAAACAGCAGUUCCGAUGUGCCCACAGGAAUUGUCAGCAACAAGCAGAAGAAACCAAAAAAAUCAGUACAGUUUCAUGAUGUCAAGGUCUACUACUUCCCUCGAUCUCAGGGCUUUGUGUGUGUCCCCAGUGAAGGGGGCUCUACUCUGGGUAUGGAGCUGAAGCACUCCCACAUUGAGGACUACUCUGUGGCUGAUUAUGCUAAGGAGCAACGGCGUCUACACCAACGCAUGCUGGAGGAGCACCGUCACCAGGGACGUCUAAUGCCUGGCCUUCUGGGAAAGUCCAAGGUGUGUGACAAAUCGGACGAUGAUGAGGAUGAUGACGAGGAGGAAGAGGAGGAGGAGGAGGAAGACUCAGACUUUGAAGAUUUAGAGGACUAUAUAUUCCUCCAACCUAUAUCAAUCAGACAACGACGCACCCUACUGCGGCAAGCAGGGGUAAGGAAAAUUGACAUUCAGGAAAAGGAUCGAUGUAAGGACAUUCGGGUGUCUCGUGAGGUUUGUGGUUGUGAUUGUAAGGUGUACUGUGAUCCGGAGACAUGUGCGUGUAGUGUGGCCGGUAUCAAGUGUCAGGUAGACCGUCUGUCCUUCCCGUGUGGCUGCAGCAAGGACGGGUGUGGCAACACCAACGGUCGUAUAGAAUUCAACCCCAUCAGGGUCAGGACUCAUUUCAUUCAUACACUCAUGAGGCUUCAGCUCGAAAAACGGGAGGAGGAUUCAUCAUUAUAUCGACUGCAAAAAUCAUCGGGGACAAAGUCUGCAUCAGAUGCAGAACUGGGCGUAGGAUUGGAUACAUCGGUUAAACUUGUGCAAGCUGCCAAUCAGGAUAAGCCUAAAGCAGUAGACUUGACCGAGUUUAACAGUAAUGAAUUGGGCAGUUGUCGGGAUUGUCAGAAUUCAGAGGUGUGCAAUAUGAUGAUGGCGGAAGUCCAGCACGCCAGUUUGGAGGCCGAGCAACAGCGUAAUGUCCUAAACAAUAUGUAUCAAUACAAGGAUCUGCCACAGGGGACUGUGACUAACCCCCUCCCCCACGUCCUGCUCUUCAACGACACAGAGGAUGACCUUUACACCGCCCAGAACACCACACCCUUCUAUAACUUCAAACAGGAGGAUGCAUCCUACUCGGAGACCAGCGAGUGCUCGAGUGACACAAGCACAACCUAUGAAAACAGUCAUUAUCAGAAGUCGUACCAAACUCUGGCCACCCCUUCUUUUGAGGGCUCAUUGGGGGAGGAGGCCAAUCAAGAGUUCUGUCACCGGUCAAAUCCACCCAACAACUACAUACAGGGCACCCCCAAUGAACAGAAAUACAUGUCCCUUAACUCCUCCAGUCACAUGUACCGUGUAGGGCAGGUGGCUCCCCCUGUAGACUCCCACCACAAUUACUCUACCCCCCAGACUCAGUGGGCCACAGGGGGAGGCAAGCAGGCCCCUGCGCCCAGCACAUACACCAAUACAGGGACUUCUCAGACCAGUGUGUCGGGUCUGUCCUCCUGUAGUUAUAUAACCAUGACCAACACAACGUCGGACCAAAUCGCAGAGACAUGUCCCAGCAUUUCAUCCCUCAUCAAUAAUGUAAGUCAGGGCCUAGAGUAUGUGGACCAAGGCAUUAACAACUUCAAACCGGUCAAGGAGGGCUACGGCACUGAACAGCUUCCGAGUGACUACAGCAUGGACUGUGGCUCUACGGCCAAGGUCUACACUGACCUUGACAGUAACACGCCACCACUGAAGGACAGAACCAAUGAUCAGUGCCUUCUGCUCGAGUCAGCGGCACACACAACACAUAAGGCAGAUGGUGAACCAGACAAAGUCACCACAGAGUCAUCACGUGCAGACUACAGCAUUGCGCCUAUCAUGGAGAACAUCAUCUCAUCGUCAACGAGCAUAGCUCAAGAUUUAUCACAAAAAUUCCAGCAAAACCACUGUGUCAACCCCACCAUCACUUCCACCUCAUCAUCUAACCACCGCGACUUGCUACGGUCUAAGGUGGAGACAGGGCAAAACUUUGGUGAAAUCAUCAAGGAGUCAAUAGUGGAAACUGUGUCGGCCUAACUAACCGAUGUGUUGUUGUAACAUAUCCAGGCUGUAAGCUAGUACAGCGUGAACUGAUUGAUGACCGUGUAGAGUAGAUUAUAAACAAUGUCAGUUGUAUGUCGGCUAGUCUUAAACCUUUUACUGUUGUAGAUUUUGUAUGUGGAUCACUGUUUGCCGAUUCUUAAAUGUCUAUAUCGUAAACUGCUUUUUGGAUUUGAAAUUAAGCUACAUUAGCUGUACCUUAGCAUGUCUACCAGUGUUUCAAAUAGAUUUUUUUUACUUAAAUGAUUGAAACAGGUUAUGAAGCAUUCAUAGUGUUUUGAAUUCUUCACUAAAAAUCAUGUUUUCUUGCAAGCUGAAGUUGUUAAUGUAUGAUUUUGUUUAUAGGAUUUUGUCAGGAAAACUCUGAAACUUUCGUUUUGAACCAAUCUAGAAAUGGUAUUAUUUAAUGGCCCAUAGUAAAUUAGUCCCUAUGUCUAAUGGCCACUGCUUGUCCCUGCAGGAUCCAUAAUGAGUACAAAAAGCAAACAUUUGAGAGCUGGGGGGGGGGGGGAACCUUUUGUCUGUACAGUACAAGCUGUCUCUAACAAAUCUUAACUUUGACGGUCAAACAUCAACUGUUAUUAUGGUUAGUAAAACUAGAUGCUCCGGGGGAGAUGCUCCGGGCAGCUGACCCUGAGAUCAUUAAGUCUAAAAUCGUCUUAAGGUUUGACUUAGCCAAUCACAAAUAACGUCAUGAAAAGUUGGGACGUCAUACCUGAUUGGCUAAGCAAAACAUUUAGAUCUUACAUUGUUUCAUGAUCCCAGGGCCAGAAGUACCUGCAGAGGUGUAUAGUUUUUGGAGUACUAGCUGACAGGUUAAUUAUAGCCGACAGGUUAAUUAAUUCUAAAAAGUUAGAAAACUAGACCAACCUGUAUAUUAUUCAUCAUAGUAAAUAUUCCAAUGUUUAACUAGCCCCAUCAUAACAUCUAAUUGUGGGUGAACAUGUCAGGCUAGUGUUAUCUCCGACUUUGUGAAAUUUUGAUGUUAACCGAUUCUGUUAAAGAUCAAGCAGUAGGAAAUGACAUGCUUGUGGCCACUUAGAAGGAAGGCUCUAAUAUAUAUAGGCUGGUUAUAAGGUUGAUACAUUUGAAAAUAUUUUAUUGUUGAAAUAUUAAGAUGAAACAUGUAGUUUUAAAGAUUGAUACACUUGAAAAUAUUUUAUUAUUUAAAUCUUGGACGAACAAGAAAGGUUUGUUCAAGCUGUAUACUAGAUUGUAGUACUAGUAUAACACACAUUGUUAAAAAAGAGUUCAGGGAAAGCUCUAUUUAAAGGGGAAAUGGUGGUUUUUUAAUUCAGAAAUAAUUUGAAUGAUUUAUGCUUUAUAUGUGUAAAUUUGUAUGUCAUUAUUUUCUUGUCUUAUUGACUAAAACAUUUAAUUGUUUUAUAUAAACCAGUCAUGAAUGGCAUAUUUUGUACACAAUUAAGUCCUCAAAGGAUCUCUAGCAUUGGCCCUUUUAGUGAAGUGGAUGCUUUCGAAACUGACCAAGUUAGUUUGAUUACAAUGUAAUUAUAAGGAGGGUAUACUGAUAUGAAUUCCCACAUCCUAUCUGUAAUCAGUUUCCUAGGCUGCCAACUUCUCCCUCCUCUGUAGGUUUAGGUGCUGAUGGAGCAGCGUUGUGGGAUUCAAUAUUGUCGUAAUUGUGCAUGCUUUCGUAUUAUCGAUGUCAUCUUUCAGACCGUUUUUUUGGUCCUGUCUUUUAUGUGAUGUAAAAAAAUGAUGAACUGUUUGUUUAUCUGUGUAUGUGUAGAUUUAUAUUUAGAAAUUUUUAGACGAAAUUUCUUGCCAAAUUGAUUCUGUAUCAAAGCUUUAUGAUGAAAAUUGAUAUUUUUAUAGAAAUGUCUUAAUUGUGCAGUAGAUUUGUGUUUUGUAUAGAGUUGUCACAAAUGUAUGUAUUCUCUCAUUGGGGGAGAGAAGAUCUUUACUAUUUACCUAGUUUAAAAAGAUAAAAAAAAAAAAUAGUCCCUUUCUCCAAAUAAACAGAAAUCUCAUGUUUGAACAUAUCAUUUGCAAGAUUACAUUUCCUUUGUUCAAUAUUUAUUUCUUGUAUGUAAUUUAGUGUUUCUUACUUUCCAUUCAUUUACAUAUACUGACGCAACAUUUCAAAUGGAGAAAAGGCAGGCAAAAUCUUGAUUUUUACAACUGCACUCUUGCAGUGCCUUUCAAAAUGUGUAGACUUGAACUUGCUCAUCACCUUUUUUAUGGCCAGUCAAAGACAUACUUAGUGGCAAUGUGCAAUUUCAUCAAAAAAGAGCUAUUUCCGAAAUAUUUUGGCCAUUAAUCAUACUAAAUAUUGGUAUAAAAAGAUGUAUAUUUUGCAAUUGUAUUAUUACAUAGAAUUACUUAAUGUGGGGAAAAAAUAGGGGGAAAUAGAAUUACUUAAUAUGGGGAGAAGAUAGGGGGAAAUAGAAUUACUUAAUUUUGGGAGAAGAUAGGGGAAAAUAUAAUAUAAAAAUUCCAUUACAUUUGUCGCACUUAAAGGGGUGUCGUAAGUGUAAACAAUAUUCCUGGAAUAGCCUCAUAUCUCAACUCUUGCAUCAUAACAAUAGUCUCAAUUUUUGCUUCAUAACGAUAGUCUCUUGUUAUUUGAGGUAAGAGGAUAAGUGUCAAUGUGAUGCUGAUCGAAUUUUGUUCAUAGCCCAUAGUCUCAGAAAGCAUUAACUUCUGGUCAUGUAUGUAUAGAGACUUACUGCAGCAGCAAUGUGAAUAUACUUCGUUGUUUCUGGAACUUAAAGAUUCAAAUUAUACUUUUUAAGAUGUGAUUGAAAGCCAUUUUGUGCGCCAAGUUUUAUUGGUCCUUAUUUCAAUGUAACAUGCUGGCAGCAAGAUCCUACCUGGUGUAAAUGGCAUCAACGACAUGCCAGAAUCAAGUUCUCUCAGAGUUAUAUACAAGGGCAGAUAACUCCCCUGAUCCUUUAUCGUCUCUAUUCUUCUUAAAAGUUAAUCAUCACAUUUCCUCUUUAAUGCAAUUUAUUUCCAACUUUGAAUGUUACUUAACUAAUCCCUUUUCAUAACGGUUCCUGAUCAUGAAUGUCCUGCUCAUCCACAUACAGUGUUUUCCUUCAGUCGUUGGUGCUUAUUUAUGUUCUGAAAUGUUUUUCUUUAUUCCUUAUUUCCGAUGUGGUGCUAGCCAGAUAAAAGAUGAGAGUAGUCCCGUGCCAUGUUGUUAUUUAUUGUACCACUGCUGGGUUUUCAACCAAUGACAAGUCGGAUAAUCCACACUAACACACAAAACUAACUUAGAAACAAGACCAGAAUUCUUAAUAUUUUAUUAAUGUUUUAACUACGAAGUCUUUACUGUGGCAUUAUACCAAGGGGAUCUGAUCAUGAUUUGUCCACUGAAAAAUAAUCAUACAAUUAUAUUGUGACCAAUUCUGAUUCUCUUUGGAGCUCUGACAUGAAGAUUUGAACAGAUCAUAUGUUUAAAAUAAUUACAGCUACCUGUGUGAAAUUAUUUUUGUAUAGAUCUUCCAUGGAAAGUUAGAUAGAAUCUUUAAAGAAAGAACAUGCCUGUAAGGAUAUUUUGUCAGGAAUUGAGAAGGAAGAGCUGAGAUGUUAGUCACUGUAUCUUAGUUUUUAACGGGACUUCUUAUGAACAAAAAUCAGAAAAAACACUGCCAUGGUUGUUUGUCCUGAAAGACUGCAUGCUAAAGCAAUAUUUAUCAGUGUUCUUUUGUUUGCAAUAUAUACAUGGAUAUUCAAAACAGACCAUACGAUUAAGAAGCCUAGUAAUCAGGUUUUCAGUGUACAAAAAUGUAUUUCACAGUCUCUUUAAUACCAAAGUCAGAAAUAUUGUGUAAUUAAUGUCCAUAUUUACAAAGUAAUGUUGUAUUGUGAUAAAUGUAUGUACUAACAAGAUGACAAGAAUAGGGCUAUUAUUAUAAUGAGUAUCACUGUGGUAAUCGUACGGAGUGACUUAUGUGUCUCCUGUAGAUAUAGUAUCUAAUUACUCUAUAUCUCAUUGAUAAUAUCCUGUUAAUUUCUUCAUAUGAAACGAUUCUUUCUUUCUUUUUCACAGCUUGGUUAUAACUUUAAAUAAGUUUGUUCUCAAAAGAAAAGCCUACCUUGGGUGGCCUUUAUGAAAAGAAAAGAUUGAAUACACACAAGAAAAAUCAACAGUAAAAAUGAACCCUGGAUCUCUAUCUUUAUACUGUAGCUCUAACCGUCUGAGCUAGCCUAUCAACCAUAAUGUCUUUGUGCAGUUUGACUAAAAUUAUUUCCGAAACAAAAUUCAGGGGAGGUAACUCAGUUAACAAAAACUUUGUGUAGUUCUCUAGUGUUUUGCCUGCAGUAGGACUGGAAACCUGAAGAUAGAAACCUGACAUAAUUUGAGUCCUCAAUAACUGGCAGGUCCAAAUUACUGAUUUUAACUGUUCAAGUUUGGAUAUAAACAAUGUUGAUUUUAAAACUGUUUUGAAUACAGGACAUCUGGUUUGCUAGUCUUUCACUCUACCAAAUGAGCUCUGGAAGUUUUCCCCCUAGCCGAGACUGUAGGAAGCGGCUAGUAUUUUACCAGGGAGAAUUUCAUAAAUAUAGUAUUAUUUUGGAUGUAUUAGCAUCACAUUUACCAUAGUAAGCAGCUGAAGACUUUUUACCAUGUGCUGAACAUAUCUAAAUCUUAAUUAAAAUCAGCUUACCUGUGUUGUAGAUUUAUUCUCAGAGAUCUAAAUAUAGACCAUGUCAUCAGAUCUUCAUCAGAUCUAACAAAUCGUGUCCCUUUUGUUUAAUGAUGGAUAUCUUAGUAGAUAACUGUACUUGUAUAAUUCUGAUUUGUAUGGAUCAUGUGACGGUUUCUGUGUUAACCGAGUCCAGAUUUCUGUGACGGUUUCUGUGUUAACGAAGUCCAGAUUUUUGGACGGUUUCUGUGUUAACCGAGUCCAGAUUUCUGUGACGGUUUCUGUGUUAACCGAGUCCAGAUUUUUUGACGGUUUCUGUGUUAACCGAGUCCAGAUUUCUGUGACGGUUUCUGUGUUAACGAAGUCCAGAUUUCUGUGACAGUUUCUACAAUGAUCACGUUCAGUGUUCUGUGAUACACACUCUCUACUAGUCAAGCCACGUAUGUAUCCUCUUGUUAUAUUCUCUCUACUCACAAAUUUUUAAAAACUGCUUACCGGUACCCAAAUAUUUUACAUUCUGUACCUUCCCGUGGUUCACAUUGUGCUCGGUAAGCAUCGUGUGAUGAUUGAGUCGCUAUGUUUUUAACCUUGUGACAUUCAGUAGCGUUCCAAUAUAUAAGUUACUGCAUGUGAUUUGUAGGCUUGCUGUUCAGAUAAUUUUUAUACACCUUCUACUUGUAAAAACCCUACUGAAUCAAGAUUGAAUCUCUUGGAAAAAGAUCUUAUUUCUGAUGCAUUUUGAAAUUUAACAUGUGUUCUUUGAAUUGAUUCUAUUAAUCUAUAAUCUAUUGAUUAUUGUAAUAGAACAUAAUCAGGAAUAAUAGUGCUUGUAUUGUUUUACCAGUUUGUUUUAGAUAAUGUGGCACUAAGUUGCUUUAUUACUUAGUUGGAGUUGCACCAACUGCUCUAGUAUGUUUUACACGUAUGAAAGAUCUGAUUCCUUGCUUGACGGGGAGGCGACACUUGGUCUCUUGGCUUUUGAACUUGAACAAAUAGUUAAAAACUGUUUUUGUCAAAUCUCUGCAAUUAUUAUGUUUCUGCAAUUAUUCUGUUUUCCUUUGUUUUAUUAUUAUUACUUUAAUGUUAUGUUGAAUAAACAAUUUGCUACCAGCAUGUAAUCAGUAAGAUUAAAUCAGAUAUUUAAAGUAAAACCAAUUAAUGCAGGGUUAGUCUGGAAACUGGUCUAUUCCCAAAGUAGGAAUAGUUUAUCGUAAGUAAGUAUUGGAGACAAAUCGGUCGGUAAGGACAUGGGAGACACGAUAACUUUUUGAAAACUGACUACUUUUCUGGAGUUAUCUUUCUUUCAAUGCAUUUGAAAGAAUUUAUUUGAAAAUUUCGAUAAUUUAAAUCCAAAUUGUUUUGAAAUAAAAGGUUUAAUUUGGUAGUGUUUUAUUUUGACCUGUACAAUUCUACUACAGUCAGUUUAUUUAUAAGAUGUACCUUUACACGAUACGUUAAAGAGAUGUUGUCUUCCGGAAGACAUUAAUUCAGUAAUGACAAAAACCUUUAAAAUUCUGUCCGACCAGUUUUAAUGGUUGUUUGUGUUUUCUGCUAUGAUGGUUGUGAAAUACCAGUAUAUUAGUCAAAGUAUCAAUUCAAUUUUUACAAAUUAAGUGUAAUUGUUUUGUUUAUUUUUGCAGUUAGUUGUUGAAAUGUGUUGAAGUGUUCCAUGUUGGUUAAGUUUUCCGAUAACAAAAACAAGGGACUUGACAGCCAUAGUCCAAACCAGAAUGGUACAUUUUGUUUUUUCAAUACAUUUGAAAAUUUGUUUAUAAUUUUUUAAGAAUCUUAAACAUUGAUCAUGUUGUGCUUGUAUUUGAGCUCUGUUAAAGCAAUGGUCCAUUUCAUCAGAAUGUACCGGGAUUUGGUGCAACAUGCUUAUAGGCCUAAAAUGUACUGUUGUAUUACAACGUUCUCACAUACCUUCACUGCUGUGUUCUAUAAAA